AUGGGAUCAUCAAAUAUUUUUGUGCACUAUAUGUGUGUCUUAAGAUGGUUUCUUACAAAACUCACUGUAAUAUUUAUAUUAUAUUUCAAUAUUUUGGUAGAAUUGCAAUUUACAUUAGGGAUAACACACCAUUCUGGUGAAAGUUUGGGUAGUAACCGAAAUAAUAACUGGGGAUUAAUAGUAUCAACAUCUCGAUAUUGGUUCAAUUAUAGGCACACAGCAAAUGCACUGAGUUUUUAUAGACUUUUGAAGGACUUCGGAAUUCCAGAUGAACGUAUAAUCUUAAUGCUUGCAGAAGAUACAGCCUGUAAUCCUCGUAACUGCUUCCCAGGGGAAAUUUUUGUUGAAACCAGUAAUAGUAGGAAUCUAUAUAACUCUUUAAAUCAAAUUAGGAGUCAUAUGAAUUAUAUUGAAAUUGACUACAAAGGACAACAAGUUAACGUUGAGAAUUUUUUGCGAGUCCUUCUUAAUAAACAUGAGAGACAUACCCCUAAACACAAAAGACUUUUAACGGACUUUAAUUCUAACAUAUUUAUGUUCUUGACUGGCCACGGAGGUGAGGAAUUUCUGAAGUUUCAAGAUUAUGAGGAAAUAACCUCCCAGGACAUUUCCUAUGCUUUGGAAUUAAUGCAACUUCAAAAUCGCUACAAACGUAUUUUAAUUUUUUCAGAUACUUGCCAAGCUGCAACUUUACAUAAAAGAUUUUAUUCGAAGGGGGUUAUUUCUUUGGGAUGUUCAAGUAUUAAUGAGAAUUCUUAUAGCCACCAUUUUGAUCGUGAUAUCGGAGUAGCUGUAAUAGAUAGGUUUUCUUAUUACAGUAUUAAUUUGUUUAGAAAUAUUGGUUCUAAAGCUUUUUUGUCUAUUCCUCAAUUUGUGAAAUUUCUACAUAGUAGAGAGCUAUUAUCUCAACCUGAAUUAAAAUAUGACAUUUCUGAUUUAUCUAUUAAAGACAUAUCUAUUAUGGAAUUUAUAUCAAGUUCAAACAUCAUAAAGAUGCAAAAUAAACAUAGCUAUGAAUCAAAUAAUACUUUGGAAGAGAUGUUAGAAAUAAAAAGCGAGAUUGUGAAUUCAUGUUAUUUCUACUCGGAAAUAUAUAAAGUGCAGAACACUAAGGAUCAGAUUAAUUCAGGUGAAAUGAACAGGUGUAUAUAUAUAGAUCCAAUCAUAUCAGGUAUAAGAAACAUCGCAAAGUCUAUGUCAAAAUUCAAUAGAAGUAACGAAGUAAGCUACCCAAGAACUAAAAAUUAUCUGAUGAGUAGUUUAAGUACCUUAUCAGGAAUACUAGUCACUUUUUUAUUCUGUAAAGUUGCAUUAGUAACUACAAAUAUAGAAAAACUACCCUAUUAA